CUUCUUUUUAUAUUAAUAAAAUUUCAAUUGUUUACAAUUAGUUUCAGUUGUACUUUAUCAGUUUUAUAAUAUGUCAAUACUAGUUUUUUACUUGUUUACUUUGUUGAAGUGAAUUAUGAAAUUUGUUAUGACUGAAUAAUAAGAUGUUUACGAUUAAAUGAUUGCUUGCUACUAUAUCUAUAAAUUUGCAAUACAUCUGCUUUUUAUUGCGGAGUACUAAAAUUUAAAAAUUAAUUAGAAAUGAUGUAUGACCGUAAUCGUUUAACCAUUAAUAUGUCCACCAUCUUGACGUUUGUAUGUUAUCGCCAUCAUCAUUAUCCUACUUAUCAAACCAAGGAUCUUCUGUAAAUUAUAUUUAUUCACAUUUCUUACUGAUGGUAUUCCUUGCUAUGGGUAUAUAUUUAUCACUGAAUGAACUUUUAUUUACUUUACUUGCAAGUUUCGUGGUAGUAGCACAUCCUUGAAAUCAUGUGAAUAUCAAUUUCUUAUUCGAUUGAUAAUAAACCAGUGUAUUGAUAAAUAUUCUUUCCAAAAUAUUGGUAAAGUUAAUAAAUUGUUGAUCAAUUGUGUAAAUAUUUUCAAAACAUGACAUUAAAGGUGUUACUAUUAUUAUUUGUAAUAACAGCGUAUAAUGAAAAUUGUGUGGCAAACUCAGCAGACACUAAUGAAAUUCCCAGCAACAAUGAUCAAUUUUCUGAUAAUCCUGAAUCCAAUAAAACUUUAUAUGUUAAAGUAAUCCCAGGAUAUCCUGGAGUAAGAAGUGAUAUUUAUGAAGUGUAUAUGGAGCCAUACGAUUUUGCUAUAGGAACGAAAGCAAUGGUCGAUUUAAAAUCUUAUCAAAAUAAUGGAUUACCAAUAGCAGAAGGUCCAAGAGGAAUUUUGUCACUUGAACAAUAUCACGGUGGCAUUAAAAUAAAAGGACACGUAUCUGGUUUAAAUUCUAAAAUGCCAUAUGAACUUAUUGUUUAUCAAAAAGGUCAACUCUCAGAAGGCUGUUUAUCUGCUGGAAAGCCUUAUAAUCCAUACAGUGUGAAUAAUGAAACUCCUGUAAAUGGAACAGAAGAAAACAUAGUGGUUGAUCCUUUAUAUCGAAUUAGCAAUCUUAUAGAUAAUAUCAGAGUUGAAGAUGAUGGUAUAGCAGAAAUAGAAGAAAUGACCAAUCAUCAUUACUUUACAUUAACUAAUCGAGUGAAUGCUGGCAUCAUCGGUCGUACAAUAGUUAUGAAAGAAAAACUUUCUCAAUCGGCACCACAACAGCACCUUUUAUGUGGAAUUAUAGGUUUUGCAUAGCAUAUAAAUUAUCUUUAAAUACAAACUAUUAUUUGCAAAUUGUUUUCUCAUUAUAGUAUUACUAGUUAGUGAUCUAUAUUUAAUGAAUAAAAUUUUUAAUGAAUCAAUAUGAGAUAAAUGAUUAAUUUGUGAACAGAUAAUAAAUGAAGCUUUGAUAUUUUUGAAAAAUAUAUUGAUAAAAAAAGCUGUUAGUAAGUAAUGAAGCAUAAACAUAAUUAUGAUUCAAU